AUCUCCCUCGUUUCACAUUCCUUUUUCUUGCGUUGCCCCUAUUUUUGGUUAUUCUUUAUUCGCCAUCCCCCUGUCUUCUACGCCCUGUCUAGAACCCGGCAGGCAUAUGUCAUAUUUCUCCAAUAGAUUUAUAUUCGCUUGUCACACCCUUCCUAAAAGUGGUCACCAGAGACCAAGAAACGCCACUAAUCCGAUGCCAUGGGUAGAAAAGGAAACAACAAGAAAAAGAAGAACAACAACAACAACAACAAUAAUAAUAAGCAACGGCUCCCGGAUCAGGACAACAACAACCCCGUCGAACCAGAGAAAACCCCGGCCGACGACAGUGCCCCAGAAGAAGGAUCCGAUAGUGCCCCUGCUGACGGGUCAACUUCUCCUGAGCCCGGAGAUGUAUCAGAAGCGACAACACCGCCACCAGAGACUGAUGAAGCUUCCGGCGAUACGAGCACUGAAUCAAAAGAAGAGGGCGAAAGUCCCGCUCCGGAAGCAGACGACUCGGCUCAGACAUCGGAGGAUAGCCCUCCCAGCGAACAACCAGUUGAGGAUGGAGCAAAAGACGUAGAACCGGAACAAGCUGAAGAAGUUAUCCCGGCUGAUGUCAAUGACACGCCAUCCGAGGAGAACACUGAAGCCCCCAACAAUGAAUGUGAUCCUUCUGCAGAACAACCGACUACGGAAUCCAAUGGAGAGGGCCAAGAGCAAGAGGCCGAAGCACAACCAGAGCCCGCUGACGAACCUGAUACAACAGAGCCGCCUAAUGCUCCAGAGAAUCAGGAGCCUCAGACUACAGAGGACCUUCCUGACACCGCAGGAGCCGCAGAUGAAGCUGACGCUCAACCUGAUACUGAACCAGCCCCAGUAGAGGAACAGGGAGCCGAAGUACCUGCUGCAGAGGAGGAUUCCCCUUCCGAUGAGACUGCGCCCCCUGCAACAGCUGAUGAAGCCAGUCCGGAUGCUGAGCCUGGCGAAAAAUUAUCCGAUGAACCCUCUGAAUCACCUGUUUCUGAAGAAGAUUCGACCAACGAUGCAGGUGCAGAAGGAGGAUCUGCUGAGGCACCUGCGGGGGAGCCUGCUCCCGUUGAGGAGUUUACUGAUGAGGGCGCCGCAGAUCAAUCUUCAGCUGAGGAGCCCGCUUCUGACAGCGCAGCAGACGAGCCUGAAGUUCCAACCACCCCCGAGGAAGCCACCGAAGCAGCGGUACCAGCAGCAGAAGAGGCACCAGUUGAAGAAACACCGUCUGAGGAAGCGACGAACUCUGAGUCAGUCGACGGUUCUACCGAUGAAUCCCCAGCAGCAGCGGAGACACCUCCAGAAACAGCAAGCUCGGAGGAAGCCGGGGAGAGUGAGACGCCGUCUGAGGAUAACCCGGCCGAGGAACCGAUUGCAGAAGAGCUACCGUCGGAGGUCACAGUAGACGAAGCUCCAGAAGCUGAGGCUGCAAUUGAGAAAGCUGCCCUUGAUGAGGACUCUGAUCACGUGGCACCUGAGCCUGAGGACGCUCCGGCUGAUGCUCCUGCAGAGGAAGCGCCAGCAGAAGAGCCAGUUUGUGUCGAAGAGCAGCCCGAGCAAACUACGGGGGAGGCAGCUUCUGAAGAAUCGCCGCCUGCUGAGGAAGUGCUCGUAGAAGAGGGUGGUGAUGAAAGUUCUGAAGAGCCGGCCAAGGAAGAGCCGGUCACUGAAGCUGUGGCUGAGGAGGCCGCCUCUGUUGAAGAAACUCCCACCGAAGGACCUGCGGCCGAGGAUCCUCCAGCUCCAGACGAAACACCACCUGAGCCUGAGCCUGAUGAGCCGGCUGCACCUGAAGACGCGGUCGUUGAGGCACCGCCUGACGAAAACCAGCCUGCUGAAGAGUUUACCCAAGAGGAUCCCAUUGCUAGUGAAGACUCUUCACCCGCUGAGGAGUCCAUAGAUGAACCUGCAGCCGCCGAGGCUCCGACUGAAGAACCUGCUGAAGAACCCGCUCCCGUUGCGGAAUCUCCUGUCGAAGAACCUACAGUUGAAGAAGCUCCUCCCAAUGAAGAGCCUGUCGCCGAAGAUCCUGCUCCUGCUGAAGACACCCCUGUCGAGGAGCCUGUGUCUGUUCAAGAACCUUCUGUCGAGGAACCUGCGGCUGAAGAGCUUCAUGCUGAAGAGCCUGCAGUGGAAGAUCCUGCAGUGGAAGAGCCUGCAGUGGAAGAGCCUGCAGUGGAAGAGCCUGCAGUGGAAGAGCCUGCAGUGGAAGAGCCUGCUGCCGAGGAGCUGGCAGCUGAAGAACCGACCCCAGCGGAAGAGCUUGCUGCCGAGGAGCCUGCUCCUGUCGAAGAGCUCGCAAUUGAAGAGGCCGCAAUUGAAGAGGCCGCAGUUGAAGAGGCCGCAGUUGAAGAGGCCGCAGUUGAAGAGGCCGCAGUUGAAGAGGCCGCAGUUGAAGAACCCGCAGUUGACGAAUCCGCUUCCGUCGAAGAACCGGCUCCCAUUGAAGAAUCAGCUGCUGAGGAGCCUGCUCCCAUGGAGGAUUCUGCUCCUGAGGAUCCAGUACCUGAUCAAGACCCUGCUGCUGAAGCACCUGCUGUUGUCGAAGAACUCGCUGCUGAAGAACCAGUAAUCGAGGAGCCUGUUUCCGUUGAAGAGCCUGCUCCUGCUGAAGAGCCAGUAGUCGAGGAGCCUGCUCCAGUCGAAGAACCCUCAGUUGAAGAACCCGCUCCAGCUGAAGAACCUGUUCCAGUCGAAGAGCCUACUGCAGUCGAAGAGCCUACUCCAGUCGAAGAGCCUACUCCAGUCGAAGAGCCUACUCCAGUCGAAGAGCCUACUCCAGUCGAAGAGCCUACUCCAGUCGAAGAGCCCGCUGCCAACGAACCUGCUGCUGAGGAGCCAGUAGUCGUGGAACGUGCUCCUGCCGAAGACCCUGCUCCAGUAGAAGCGCCCGCUGCCGAUGAACCGGCUCCCAUUGAAGAACCAGCUGCCGAGGAAACUAUUACCGCGGAGGAACCUGCCGCUAUCGAAGAGCAGAUUGCCGAAGAACAAGCUCCAGUAAUCGAAGAAUCGACCCCCGAGGAGCAGCCGACUCAAUCUGAAGAGACAGAACCUAUCGAGAAGUCAAUUUCUGUCGAACCGUCAGAUCCCGUGGAGCCACUUCCGGAAGACAAUAUCAAUGAAAGCGAAGGGUAUGAGGCAGAUCCGAGCUCGGAGCCUUCAGAGGAAACCGAGGCUACCGAAUCCUCGAAAGGGGAGAUCUUGCUUGGCGCCGGCGUCGCUGCUGCUGCUGCCACCGCUGCCGCCGCAGCAGUUCAUUCAUCACGAAGGAGGCACAGAAGAUCGCCUGAGGUUGAGUACAAUCGCAAAGAGUCGAGGAGUUCUUCUGAUGGUCGUCAAUCAUUAAAGCGACAGGAGACUGAGCGUGUCGGUCUUGCCGGUCGAUGGGCACAAGCUUUGAGGGAGUCCAAGAGACAGCACGAAGAAAAACAAAAGCAGAAGACUAUUGCUAUCGAGAAAGAGCGCCGACCUUCAGAGCGAGGAAGAGAUAGGGAGAGGGAGCGCCAACGCGAACGGGAACGCCAGCGCGAACAAGAACAAGAGCAGGAGUGCGAACGAGAGCGUCAACGAGAGGAGGAACGCAAGCGAGAGCGCCAACGUGAACGAGAACGCCAACGAGAAGAACAACGCAAACAAGAGCGCGAACGAGAGCGGGAGCGCAGACGGGAAGAAGAACGCAAACAAGAAAAGGAGCGAGAGCGACAGCGGAGACGAGAAGAAGAGCGCAAACAGGAGCGAGAGCGAGAGCGCAGACAAGCCCGUGAUCAAGAGCGGCGGCAACAAGAACGUGAACAGGAGCGCGAGCGUGCAAGACGCUCUGAGCGAUCUGCAAACUCAGCAGAGCAAUCUGAACGUUCCGUGAGUGGAAAGGAGAGCGCACCAGCCAGGUCCAGUCAACGCUCAGAUCACUCCGGAAACCAGGAAAUGGAGCGUAAGAGCAGCUCUUCCUCUUCGUCACGUCACACGCAACAAGCAGGAUCCAAGUACUUCCUCAAGUACAUGGCUGAGGCGCAGUCCGACACAAAUGGACCCCUGCUGAAGAUCAACGGCAACAAAGUCUCCGCCAAUGUCUACAACCGAGAGAGAAGAUCCUCUUCUAGCCACCACAGCAGCCAUCGUCAAUCGCAGGAAGGCAAAAGCAGCAGUGAGCGUUCCGGUGGCUCGCGGCCCGACGACGACGAAGAAGCCCAAGCCCGGGCUCGACGGGAAGCUCGCCGGGAGCGCAGAAAAGCCGAGCAGGAGGAAGAAGCAAGGGCAAGAGAAAAAGAAGAGUCUGAACAACGUCGCUCUCAUCGGAGCGGCGAACAUCGCCAUCGUCAUCACAGACAUCGCCGCGAGCCUUCUCCCCCGCCGAGCGGUUCCUCCAAACUGAAAGACUUCUUCAAGGCCGCCAUUGCUGCUCACUGAUGAUUUGCUUGGGUGUUAGUUUCUUUUCCCACGAUUCUAUUCCUGGUCUUUUUCUUGCAGAUCAUAUUACUUUCAUGUACUUCUCUCCUGACUGACCCAUUUCAUUUGUCCGUCC